CAUUGUUUCAGAUCUAGAAAAUGUCGGUGGGCGGUGGUGGGGGAGGAGGGGAAAUUAUAAAUUUAAAUGUUGGAGGAACUAGAUUUUCUACAUCAAGACAAACCCUGACGACCAUUCCGGACACAUUCUUCACUUCUAUGCUCUCUGGUCGAAUAAAUACGCAAAAGGAUGAGUUGGGAGCAAUAUUUAUAGAUAGAGAUCCAGAACUUUUUAGAUGUAUUUUGAACUAUUUGCGGACAAGAUGUGUAAAUGUUGAAGGAUUAUCGACCAACUCUAUAUCCCAGAUUAAACAUGAGGCUGAAUAUUACGGUAUUUCACCGUUGAUACGAAAGCUGACUCUUUGCUCAGAUCUGGACACUUCAGGUUGUGGUGAUGUCCUGUUCUACGCGUAUCUACCUGCCCCUAGUAUGCCUGCCCCGGAACCUACCCCUCCGGUCAAACUAGACAGACCCACCGGCUCAGUUUCCAGGCUACAGGGAGACAGGUUAGCAUUUACCUCACCCUACCUAGAAUUGGAGAUAGGACAGGUUGCCAUCAACUCCAAGAUGGGAUCUAUUCUUCCUGCCGUCGGCUUAGACCAAGUGACUGUGAUGAUUGCUGUAGCAUCUGGGAGUUCAAUCCGUCUCAUGGGGUUCGGAGAGGAGGGAACCAGGACGGAUAUAGGGAUAUUCAAUCUCCAGGUUACUGUAGAUCAUUUAUUCUGUAUUGGGGCUCAGCUGGUGGCACUUUCCCAUACAGGAAGAAUAGGAGUUUGGAAUUCCUUAGCUCAACACUGGCAAUCCCAGGAGUUGUCCCCGAUCACCUCCCAUGACACUGCUGGCUCUUUCCUCCUCCUGGGUUCCUCCAACGGGUCGAUCAACUAUAUAGACAUGCAGAAAUUCCCGCUCAGGAUGAAGGAUAACGAUCUUCUAGUCACAGAGCUUUACAGAGAUCCUGGCGGAGAUAGUGUGACAGCUAUAUCCGUGUAUUUGACUCCUAAGACGAGUCUGUGUGGGAACUGGAUCGAGAUUGCCUACGGGACCAGCAGUGGCAGAGUUCGUGUGAUAGUUCAGCACCCUGAAACUGUAGGACAUGGUCCUCAGCUCUUUCAAACCUUCACUGUUCACAGAUAUCCUGUUGUGAAUGUCACCCUGUCAGAAAAAUACCUAGUUUCCGUGUGCGCUGAGUUUAAUCACGUGAGAACCUGGGACGUAACGAGAUUCCGUGGAAUGAUUUCAACUCAGCCUGGGUCUACGUCCCUCUCUAGUUUUAAGAUAAUCUCACUGGAGGAGGAAAUACCAAAGUCUAAUCAUGGAAAUGAUAUCGGACCUUUCGGUGACCAAGAUGAUGAACAAGUUUUUGUACAGAAAUUGUUGCCAGACACAGAAAGUGUUCUAGUUCGACUAGCAAGCAGAGGAUCCCGUGUUUGUGAGAUAAAAUCUGUGGAUGGAUCCAACAUAACUUCCUUUUGUGUUCACGAGUGUGAGGGUUCAUCAAGGAUUGGUUCUAGGCCCCGGAGGUUUAUUUUCACCGGCCAUGCAAACGGUGGUAUACAGAUGUGGGAUUUAACAACAGCCCUGGAACUAUUUCAUAAAGACGAACCAGUUCAAAGGGAUGGAGGACCAAGUCCUGCCGAACUUCUCAAACAGAUGGAUUCAGUAGAAUUAACAAACUCGAGGUGUUCAACUCCUUGUCUCUCUCCUUCUCCAAGUUUAUCCCACCACGCUGCUCAAGCUGCUCGAACCAGAGUUCAUAACCUUAGCCUUGAUACUUCAGAGUAGACCUAGACCUUGAUACCUCAGUGUAUACCUAGACCUAGAUACUUCAGAGUAGACCUAGACCUAGAUACUUAAGAGUAGACCUAGACCUAGAUACUUCAGAGUAUACCUAGACCUAGAUACUUCAGAGUAGACCUAGGCCUAGAUACUUCAGAGUAGACCUAGGCCUAGGUACUUCAAAGUAUACCUAGGCCUAGAUACUCCAGAGUAUACCUAGACCUAGAUACUUCAGAGUAGACCUAGACCUAGAUACUUCAGAGUAGACCUAGACCUAGAUACUUUAGAUUUUACCUAGACCCAGAUACUUUAGAGUAUACCUAAGACCUUGAUGCUUCAGAGUAUACCUAGACCUGAGGCCUUGCUGAUUCAAAGAAGACCUAACUCUAGGCAGAUGCCAAGCUUUACAUUAUUAUAAGAAAAUUUAAA